CAAUACCCUACUUCAAGAGUCAAGACCAUUGACAUUCAGUCUAAACAGGUGGUUUUUUAUUUUUUGCCAGAACAUUGAGACUGAACACUAAGUUUACUCAUUCAAAACCUUUUUUAAUAGCACUACUAUUAAUUGUCUCUCAGAGCUGCCUUUUGUUUUUUCUCCCUUUUUUCACAAUCCCAGUUUCCAAUCCACCCAUCCAUCACCACUCUCCCAACCUGUUCGCCGUCCACCGCUACCCCUCCCCAUGCAGCCCUUCUUCUUCCUCCUCCGCAUCCUUUUCCUCCUCAUAUUUCUCUCUUCCACUUUUGCCCUCGACUUCCUCUUCAAUUCCUUCAUCGGUACCGCCAACGGCACCAACCUUACCCUCAUAAACGACGCCCGAAUCGACACCUCCACCAUCCGCCUCACCAACGACUCCAACCAGUUCUCCUUCGGCCGCUUCUUUUACCCCACCACCCUCUCCAUGAAGCCAAAUUCUAAUUCCACAUCACUCUCUUCAUUCUCGACAUCCUUCGUUUUCUCUGUCUUACCAGAAAUCUCUACCAGCCCUGGCUUCGGCCUCUGCUUCGUCCUUUCCAACUCUACUUCCCCUCCAGGUGCUCUGGCUAGCCAAUACUUUGGUAUUUUCACCAACGCCACGGACCCUAUCGUGGCUCCCCUUCUAGCAAUCGAGUUCGAUACGGGUCAAAACCCCGAAUUCAAUGACCCUGACGGGAACCAUAUAGGGAUCGACUUAAACAAUAUUAUAUCUGCCCAAACAGCGCCAGCUCAGUACUUCAACUCUUCAAAUGGAAGUUUUGUUCCUUUUAACAUGCGUACGGGCCAAAAUGUCCAUGCUUGGAUUGAUUUUGACGGUGUAAAUUUUGAGAUCAACGUCACGGUUGCCCCUGUGGGAGUAUCGAGACCCCCCAGGCCAACGCUUAAUUAUAAAAAUCCGCUGAUUGCUAAUUAUGUUUCUAGUGAAAUGUUUGUUGGGUUUUCAGCGUCCAAGACUCAGUGGGUUGAGGCACAGAGGGUUUUAGCUUGGAGCUUGAGCGAUACGGGAGUUCUUAGAGAGAUUAACACAACCGGUUUGCCUGUUUUUAUUAUUGAAUCAUCGUCUUCUUCUUUGUCAUCUGGGGCUAUUGCUGGGAUCGUUAUUGGUUGUGUUGCUUUUGUAAUUAUUUGUGGAUCUGGGUGUUAUUUAUUUUGGAGGAAAAUUUUCAGGGAAGAAAGUGAAGAUGAGAUUGAAGAUUGGGAACUUGAGUAUUGGCCUCAUAGAUUUUCUUAUGAAGAGCUUAAACAAGCUACCAAUGGAUUUUCGAAUGAAAAUCUUUUAGGCUCCGGUGGGUUUGGUCGUGUUUUUAAAGCGAAGCUUCCAAACAACACGGAAGUUGCGGUUAAGUGCGUGAACCAUGAUUCGAAACAAGGACUAAGAGAGUUCAUGGCUGAGAUCGAAAGUAUGGGAAGACUCCAACAUAAGAAUCUUGUCCAAAUGCGAGGUUGGUGUCGGAAAGGCAAUGAACUCAUGCUUGUCUAUGAUUACAUGCUUAAUGGAAGUCUUAACCGUUGGAUUUUCGACAAACCCCAGAAGCUCCUCGGUUGGAGACAGCGUCUUUUGGUUCUGGCUGACGUGGCUGAGGGUUUGAACUAUCUACACCAUGGUUGGGACCAAGUUGUUGUUCAUAGAGAUAUCAAAUCAAGCAACAUUUUGUUAGAUUCUGAAAUGAGAGGGAGGCUUGGAGAUUUUGGAUUGGCUAAGUUGUAUGAACACGGACAAGUUCCUAAAACAACCAGGGUGGUUGGAACCUUAGGUUACUUGGCGCCUGAAUUAGCCACGGUGGCGGUUCCUACUGCGGCUAGUGAUGUGUACAGCUUUGGGGUGGUGGUUUUGGAAGUGGUUUGUGGGCGUCGGCCACUGGAGAUGGCGAUGGAAAAGGAGGAGGAGCAAGUAUUGAUGGAUUGGGUGAGGGAGUUAUAUGAAGAAGGAAGGGUAAGGGAGGCGGCGGAUGCAAGGGUUCAACAGGAAUAUGAGGGGGAAGAAGUGGAGAUGGUGUUGAAGCUGGGUUUGGCUUGUUGUCACCCUGAUCCUUUGAGGAGACCCACUAUGAAGGAGGUGGCGGCGGUUUUGGUUGGAGAGGAAGUGGCUGCUGCUCCGGCUGAUUUAUUGAAUGAAUUAGCUUAUGGUGGGAGUACCGUUGGAGAUGACGGUAGCAGCGUUGGAGAAGAUUCUAGAGUGGCGGUGCCACCGGAACCACCAAUGUGAAUACGGUUUCUUUUUUCUUUAAAAAAAUAUUUACGUGGUUGUUGACUUUUUUUUUUUUUUUUUGUUCUUUUACAUAUCGAUUUGAUUAAAUUGU